CUCCGAAGCCGCUAUCUAGGGUUUAUCGCAAUCCACCCGCGGAUCAAGCGCCUAGCUAGGGUUCUGCGUGCUCCGGUCGAGAGACGGCGGCGAGAUGCUGCGGCGGAACACGCGGCUGCGCAAGGAGUACCUCUACCGGAAGAGCCUCGAGGGGAAGGAGCGGCAGCACUACGAGAAGAAGCGCCUAGUCCGGCAGGCGCUCGAUGAGGGCAAGCCCAUCCCCACCGAGCUCCGCAACGAGGAGCUCGCCCUCCGCCGCGAGAUCGACCUCGAUGACCAGGACCGGGCAGUUCCGAGCAGCAUCAUAGAUGACGAGUACGCCGGUUCCACGCUCCGCGAGCCCAAGAUCCUCUUGACCACGUCGCGCAACCCGAGCGCGCCCCUUACUCAAUUUGUAAAGGAGCUGAAAGUCGUGUUUCCGAACUCGCAGAGGAUGAACCGUGGUGGUCAGGUGAUAUCAGAAAUCGUUGAGUCCUGCCGAUCACACGAGAUCACUGAUCUUAUUUUGGUGCAUGAACAUCGUGGUCAGCCCGAUGGUUUGAUUGUCUGCCAUCUCCCGUUAGGUCCAACUGCAUAUUUUGGGUUACUCAACGUGGUAACACGGCAUGAUAUCAAAGAUAGGAAGGCGAUGGGCAAAAUGUCGGAAGCUUACCCUCAUUUGAUACUGGACAACUUCACAACCAAGCCUGGUGAAAGGACGGCUAACAUAUUGAAGCAUCUCUUUCCUGUGCCAAAGCCAGACUCAAAGCGUCUAAUCACUUUUGCCAAUAGGGACGACUACAUCUCUUUCAGGCAUCAUAUCUUUGAGAAACAAGGUGGCCCCAAAUCCAUCGACCUGAAGGAGGUUGGCCCCCGCUUCGAGUUGCGACUCUACCAGAUCAAACGAGGAACUGUGGACCAAAGUGAAGCACAAAAUGAGUUUGUGCUACGGCCAUACAUCAAUACUGCUAAGAAGCAGAAAACUCUUGGGGUCUGAAUUGAUUUUGGCAUGCACAGCAAUUUUGAGUUAUGUUUUGCAUAUGCCCACCGUGCUUUUGAUGCAAUCACAAAAUCUUCCUUUUAAGAGGGUGCUGAGUUGUGGUGUUACUCCGAGAGAAUGUAGAGCAUUUGCCCUUUUGGUAUUUUAUGGUCCAGCAGAACAGGUUGUAUUCUUUGAUUUUCUCUAUGGAAUGCGUAGUAGGCUGCCCCAGUAUUCCAGCGUUUCAACGAUAGGGCAUCUUGUAUCUAUGUGAACUUUAGUUAUAAAAAAUGUACGUUCGCUGGAACUUGUACAAAAAGUUGGUUCGUUGUUUCGACUGCUUCAAAUAUUUGCCCUUUAUCUA